CUUGGAUAAAAUCCUGCAAUAUAUUGGCCUCCAUUGCAGUCCAAGUUAGACACUGAUAGACUCAGUCACACGUUGCCUGAACGGAUAACCCUCCUUCACACAGAAAAUGGAAGACGAAAUCGCCGCCCUUGUUGUUGACAAUGGCUCUGGAAUGUGCAAAGCUGGCUUUGCAGGAGACGAUGCUCCACGUGCAGUCUUCCCCUCCAUUGUUGGCCGUCCCAGGCAUCAGGGUGUAAUGGUUGGAAUGGGCCAGAAGGACAGCUAUGUUGGUGAUGAGGCACAGAGCAAAAGAGGAAUCCUGACUUUGAAAUACCCCAUUGAGCAUGGUAUUGUGACCAACUGGGAUGACAUGGAGAAGAUCUGGCAUCACACUUUCUACAAUGAGCUGAGAGUAGCCCCUGAGGAGCACCCAGUCCUACUGACAGAAGCCCCCCUGAACCCCAAGGCCAACAGAGAGAAGAUGACCCAGAUUAUGUUUGAGACCUUCAACACACCUGCCAUGUACGUUGCCAUCCAGGCUGUACUGUCUCUGUACGCCUCUGGCCGUACCACUGGAAUUGUCAUGGACUCUGGUGAUGGUGUGACCCACACGGUGCCAAUCUACGAAGGCUACGCUCUGCCCCAUGCCAUCCUAAGGUUGGACCUGGCUGGCAGGGACCUCACAGACUACCUCAUGAAAAUCCUGACUGAGAGGGGAUACAGCUUCACCACUACAGCUGAGCGUGAGAUUGUGCGAGACAUUAAAGAGAAGCUGUGCUAUGUUGCACUGGACUUCGAGCAAGAAAUGGGAACUGCUGCCUCCUCCUCUUCACUGGAGAAAAGCUACGAGCUGCCUGACGGCCAGGUCAUCACAAUUGGAAAUGAGAGGUUCCGCUGCCCCGAGUCUCUCUUCCAGCCUUCUUUCCUUGGCAUGGAGUCCUGCGGUAUUCAUGAGACUACCUUCAACAGCAUUAUGAAGUGUGACGUUGAUAUCCGUAAAGACCUGUAUGCCAACACUGUCCUGUCUGGUGGUACAACCAUGUACCCUGGCAUUGCAGACCGUAUGCAGAAGGAGAUCACUGCCCUGGCCCCCACCACCAUGAAGAUCAAGAUCAUUGCUCCUCCAGAGAGGAAGUACUCUGUAUGGAUUGGAGGUUCCAUCCUGGCCUCCCUGUCCACCUUCCAGCAGAUGUGGAUCAGCAAGCAGGAGUAUGAUGAGUCUGGUCCCAGCAUUGUCCACAGGAAGUGCUUCUAAACAGACUGUCAAUUCCUGUACCCCACUUCCCUCUAAAAAAAAAUACCAAAACAAAACACUGCUCAAUGGGCUCUGCAUAAAAGCACCAACACUGUGCUGAGCCUACACCUCUUCCCAUUCUGUUAUCACUCUGGCUAUGGCACUACGCCCUCUGAUUGGGCUAACUACAUGAAGUACAGAGCAUCCAGGUGUGACUGUGGAAAAACAUGUCGGUUGUCGUGUUGUGUAGGUCAUUUCAGAUGUCUUCGUUCACCACCUUAUUUGCCUCUAUGAAGGUUUAUUCUCUGGUGGGCUUUGCUGCCCAACAGAACUGUAGUAUUGCUUAAUAUGUAAAUUAUGUAAUCUGAACUUUAGUUUUUGUUUUUUGUACUUUCAGCCUUAAAUGAGUCCAGUUUUGUCAUCAUGCAAAAAUACAAAACAAGGCUUCUACAUUGUGUUGAGGUGUAUGAAGGAUUGUGCAUGGGGCUUCAAGCCUCUGUACGCAACAACUCAAUAAAAGUGCACAUGUCUAAACUGUC